AGCUAGAAAAUAAAAAGAAGCCGCUUCUCUGUUCUUUCUCCCUCACUCACUCUUCUAAAACCAGAAAAAAAAAGCAAAGAAGAGAGCUUAAUGGCUUCUCCGACGAUAAGAACCGUCGCAAGUUACAACACUCACUUAGAGUACUCCGUCGAUUUCUUUGGAGACGAGUUCAUCGUCACCGUAACUCCGGAUUCCUCCGUCAUCAACCGAUGGAUUCGCGACGUCCUCUUUAACAACCGUUUCUCCUCUCACCCUCUCGUCGUUGGAGUCGGCGUCCAGUGGACUCCUUUCUCCGUUCCUCCACCGAAUAAUUACUACAUCGAUUCUCCGUCGGAUGACUACUACCUUGAUCCUCCGUCGGAUGAUUACUACGCUGAUCCUCCGCCGGGUGAUUAUUACGCUGAUCCUCUGGAGAAUGACUACUACGCCGAUGCUCCGCCUGGUAGAAACUACUCCGAUAAUCCAGCGGAUAUUCUCCAGUUAUGCGUGGGUAAUCGGUGUCUCAUCAUCCAGUUAGGUUACUGUGACCAAGUCCCUAACAAUCUCCGCAGUUUCUUGAUGGAUCCAGAAACCACGUUCGUCGGCGUCUGGAAUGGUCAAGAUGCAGGAAAGCUGGCUCGAUGUUGCCACCAGCUGGAGAUUGGGGAACUUCUUGACAUAAGGCAGUACGUGAAUGAUUCGUGGGGAAGGAGCAUGAGGCGUUGCUCGUUUGAAGAGAUUGUUGAGGAAUGUAUGGGUUAUCAAGGAGUGAUGCUAGAUCCGGAGAUAAGCAUGAGUGAUUGGACCGUUUAUGACCUAGACCUUGAUCAGAUUCUUCAGGCGUCACUAGAUGCUUACGUUUGCCAUCAGCUUGGUGUUUGGGCUCGUCUUUGGGAAGUUUGAAAACAAGUAUCAAAAACAAUAAAAUGUGGCUUGAAUC